CCAAUAACCAAAAUCUGCGACCACGACUCGCCAUGUUGAUAACCAUGGUCUACAUCAUGGGCAGGUGUCCAUAAGACUGACUACUCUGUAUCAAACUGGAAGAAAAGACCGCUCGUAUCCUAUUGGACGGUCAGUAUCACCACGCUAUGUACGAUCAAUCGUCGUCAGGACGAGAGGAGACCCGGCCUUCUAAGCAUGCGACAAUUCCAACUCCCCUACACAGACGCAAGUCAUCUCUCAUAGAUGAGUUGUUGCCACUACCCACAUCUACCCCGACUCGACAAUCUCUCAGCCUCGGUCAGAUUGCACGUCGGACUACAUCUGUGGGCAUCAUCUUCAUUUUUCUCCUGUGUAUCUCUUUCUUGGCAAUCACCACGCAUGGGUCACCCUCUCAGAGUUCACAUAGUCUCAAAGCGAUCUUUGGACUAGGCUAUCAAGAUGGGAUAGUCAGUUGGAUCGCAGGAGAUCUGGAAUCGGAACAACACAAGACCGCCAAGAUCGACUUUGAGCAGUACAAAAUGAUACUCUCAUUAAAGGCCAAGGAUCUGGACAUAACGACGCCGGGAAAACGGCUCGUCUUCAUUGGAGAUAUUCAUGGAUCUUUCGAUCCUCUACAGCGCCUUCUCUCUCAGCUGAAAUACAAUUCUGACCAUGACAAGAUCAUUCACGUGGGCGACCUGGUGGCGAAGGGAGACAAGAAUACACAAGUCCUUGAGUGGAUGAGACUGCACGAGAUCACGGGCGUGCGUGGCAAUCAUGAUCAACCUGUGCUCGAAUGGAGGGCGUGGAUGGAAUGGGCAGGCGGGGACGCCUGGGAAGACUUUGUGGAUAGCUUCCAGAGUGAUGAUGAGCAGGAUUUGAGAGCGGACGAGCAGGAUCGACUUGAAGCUAUGCGAAAAGGAUUCCCGAAACAUUGGAAGUGGAAGAGUCAGCAUUGGAAGAUUGCAAGGGAAAUGACUAAAGCCCAAUAUAAAUACCUCGUGGACCUCCCUUUGGCACUUCACAUGCCAUCUCUCCAUUCUAUCGUCGUCCACGCUGGAAUGCUCCCUCACGAUACAUACAAAUCGACCGAAGAUCCAUCUCAACCUUUAGUCUCCGCCGCCGAGACGAGUUCGGCGUCUGGGAACGCUGGACGAUUAAAGGAAGAACUGGCCUUGCUGUUGAAUAUUCCGCAGAACAAAGAUCCUUGGACGUUGAUCAACCUUCGAUCCAUCUAUACCAAGGGCAAAAAGAAGGGCAAGUUGACCAAGAGUACAAAGAAGGGAACUCCUUGGAGCGAAGUGUGGCAAGAGGAAAUGAGUCGAUGCACGGGAGAUGGCGCAAAGGCUCUUCUGAGAUCCAAGUUGCCGAACAUUGAAUGUUCGCCCGUAACGGUGCUGUACGGUCAUGCUGCCGCUCGUGGUCUCGACAUCAAGGACUUCAGCAAGGGCAUCGACACAGGAUGUGUCUACGGACAUUCUCUCACCGCGUUGGUCCUGGGCGACACAUCUGGACUCGACGGCGAGCCAGUCACUGUCGGUGACCAUCAAGGCGUCUUGAUCAGUACAGAGUGUAAGAAGGGCGGUAUCUAGAUCGUAGAUCAUUUGACAUUUGUGUCCAUUAAUACUUGUAGUUGUGUUGUUGUAUCCCCUA